AUGCAACAGUUUUCUCUUGCCUACCACUCGAUAUACGUCCGAAAUUGGCGUGUCCUCGGCGCCAUCUGGGUCCUGUGUGCUCUUUCGACAAGUUUGUUCUUUCAUUCAUUUUCUCAAUAUUCAAAAUUGGAUUCCAAUCUGAUAGAGCAUGAUUAUCUGAAAAUCAGAACGCGUGACCAGAACAGUUGUAAAGAACAGCCGUAAAACCGGGACCACUCCGAAUUCCCGUUGUUUUGCCAUAGAAAAUCAUUAUUUUUUUUCUCAUAAGAAGUUUUCGAGCAGAAGCUUUGAAAAUUUCAUUCUGAAGUUAAAAAAAAAUCGAAACAUGCAUUUUUGGCAUUACGUCAUUUCUCGGUUCCAGAAUAGAUGAAAUAUCAAAGAUCAGUCUGUAUUGAAUAAACGAAAUUCCAGCUGUGCUCCAAACUCUCGUACUCAUUCAUCCGGCGUGGAUCGGUAACGAUGAAGGCGGCUAUUUUGGGCUUUACGAUUAUUGUGGCACAAAUGAAUGCUCGUGGAGUCCGUUCAGGUGAAAAAUUAUCAUUUUUGAUUCGGAAAGGAGCAGAGUGGAUUGAAGAAAAAGAGUUCGGCCACCUUGGAAAUUAAAAUCAGGAAAAAAAAAAUGAAUUCUCGAAAAAAAACAUUAACAUAGAUAUUUUGACAUUUUCAGUCAGGUACGAUCGUAAGGUUUCGAAAAGCCUCGAUGGGUUUUCGAAAAAUCUAGAUUUAGAGUUUGAUUCUCAAGUAGAUACCUGACGAAUGAGUGGUAUGAAAAAAAAACCAGGAAAAUUUCGAACGGCGACUUUUCCGAUUUUUUCAUAUCGCUAGGGAACUUUCCGACUUUUUUUUCCUUAUGUUUUUCGGUUUUUAAAACAUCUAUUCAUCUCUGUUCCAAAUUUAUACUGUUUUCGUCUUUAUUUGUGUUUUAAUUAUGAAUCAACUUCCUAUUUUAUAUACGAAAAUUUAAAACGUAAAGUUUAUCGAGAAAAAAAAAUCGGAGACUUCGCAGUCGAAAAGUUACCUAGCGAUAUGAAAAAUCGGGAGUCGCCGUUCAAAAUUUCGCUGGUUUUUAUUACAUACCGGCGUUGGAUUGUGCGGAAAAAACUUUUCUCCACUGCGGUGAUCACUCCUACAAUCAACGUUUCAGGGUCCGGCCGUUGAGUUUUUCCUUCGAAUUAUCCGCUUUCAUGGUUCUUUCAGCAACGGUUCUCAGCGUUCUAGCUGUAUUCUCAAUUUUGGUAUGAUUUCUUUCAAUCAAUAAAACUUUUUUUCUCCUUUUUCAGCUUCUCGUACUACUUCGUGACCGUUACGUAUUUUUAUUAUGCUCUUGGAUGCAUUUAUUUUCAUGUGAGAAUCAUUUUCCAUAGAUUAAAAGAAAAGAAAAAAAGAGAUUUCAGUUAUGGCUAUGCUUGGCGGCUGUGUUGUUUAUCCCAACGGUUGGGAAAAUCCGCGAGUUCGGGAAAUUUGCGAGUCGAAAAAGUGAUUUUUUUUUUAUUAAUUCUCCUUCCCAUUCAUUUGCAAAAGAAAUUUUGCCUGUUUCGUAGUUGUUGUGUCGAAGGAGGGACAGUUUCAAUAAGCGCAAAACGUAUCCUUCUGGCGAAUAUUUUUCAAAGGUGUUCAAUUAUUUUUUUCCUUUUUUUGAAAUCUCGAAAAUUUGUAAAUCACAAUUUAAUUUUUAAAUUUGGUUUUUUUAGCUGUAUUUUUAAUCUCUUAAUUUAUAAGCUUUUUUUGCGAAACAAAAAACUCAUCAAAAUUGUCCUGAUUGGAUAAUUCAAGGUAAACUUUUUGACUUUAAGAUUUCUAAACUAAUUAUUUGUCUAAUGCAUGCGACGGAAAAUUUUUCGGCGUCCAUUUUUUUUUAAAUUUCGUACCAUCAGAAAGAACUUUUCAGGUACAACUUGGGUCUUUGCCAGCUUCGUUGGCCGUACUUGUUGGCGUUCGUUCUCAUUUUUGACCAGCUGACUCUUUCGAUGCUAGGCUUCGUACUGGCGUGCAAGCAGCCGCCCAAAAUCCCAGAGUUCCAUUCGCUGACAGGUCGCUUUUCAAUUGACAUUUUGGCUCGAAACCGUCCGUUUUCGGGCGAGUGUUGAGGAGACACGUCCAAGUUUAUGCGGUCUUUUGUUUGUGGUCACGCUCUUUUGCUCUGUGUUCUACUUCUGUCGCUUCCGCAUUAAGGUCGUGUCCAAUUCAAAAGCCUAGAGGCGGCAAAAACGCUUCUCGGCGGGUGACUAAUUACUUCAGUUUGAAAAGACCGAUUUUUCCUUGAAUUAUUUUUUUUUGUUAGGUAAGAUUCAAAUAAACAUUCGACAAAAAAGAUGAGUCUACACAAAAAAAUGUGUAUUCAAUUACUUCAAAAACUACAUAAAUCUCGAUAAAUCUCUUCAAAAACAUUUUUCAGGAACCACAGGAGGGCUCACGAACAGUUCCAUUCAUCCAGUUCCACGGCCAAGAAAGCUAUCAAUGCAAGAAUCUUAUUAUUCACACAGCGGCUCCAGAUUAG